CAUACAGCUGAGUUUCCAAAGAACCUUUUCAUCAGCAGCAAUGUCUACCUAUAUACUGGGAAUAGACGUGGGCACCACGUCGGUUAAAGCCGUGUUAUUAGAAACUGGUUCCAGAUCGGUGGUUGCAAGUCACGCUUUGCCAACUACGUCUGAUAUAGUCGACAAGAGCGGGAUAAAGGCAAAAGAGCAGGAGACUGGCCGGAUCAUAGACACUUUGAACCGGUGCAUCGACCUGCUGCCCGGAGACAAACUACAGAAUGUCAGCACCAUCGGGCUGUCCGGACAGAUGCACGGGGUUUUAUUCUGGAAAGCAACGAGCGGUUGUGAUUGGUCCAAGAGGGAUUUCUUCACAACCAGAGACAGCAGUCAGCUCAUCACCUGGCAGGAUGGGCGCUGCAGCAGCAACUUCCUGUCCUCACUUCCAGAACCUGAUUCGCAUAUCAGCGUGGCCACGGGCUUUGGCUGUGCAACAAUCUUGUGGUACAUGAGAAACAGGCCUGAGUUUCUUGAGGACUUCACAGUUGCAGGUACCAUCCAGGACUAUGUGGUGUCCAUGCUGUGUGGUUUGGACGGCUGUGUGAUGACGCCCCAGAAUGCAGCCAGCUGGGGCUUCUUCAACACCUCCUCCAACCAGUGGAAUAUAGACAUUCUGAAGGGUGCUGGCUUCCCUUUGGGCCUGCUUCCUCUGUGUGUGCCAUCUGGUGGCUUGGCGGGACAGACGUGCGCUGACUGGCAUGGUGUCCCUGCUGGUACGCCAGUAGGGGCUGCCCUGGGAGACUUCCAGUGCUCGGUCUACUCCUGCAUGAGUGCACGAACAGACGCAGUUCUUAACAUAAGCACCUCAGCCCAACUGACCUUCGCCAUGCCAGCUGACUUCAAACCUCCAGAUAUUCCUCAGCCUGCCUCCUCCAUCUCCUACUUCCCCUACUUUGACGACUCGUACCUGUCGGUGGCGGCUUCGCUCAACGGAGGGAAUGUACUGGCCACUUUUGUGGAGAUGCUCACUUCCUGGAUGAAAGAGCUUGGUGCAGAGAUGAGUGAUUCGUGCUUAUAUGAGAAGCUGAUUCAUUGCGCCCUGAAUCAGGAAACGAGCGAGCUGAGUGUGAGUCCUACUCUCCUGGGAGAGAGACACGACCCUCUCUGCCUGGGUCAAGUGACCAACAUCUCCACUACCAAUCUCUCUCUGGGUCAUGUGACCAGGGCGCUGUGCCGCGGCGUCCUGGAAAACAUCACCUCCAUGAUGCCUGCUGAGCGUCUGCAGCAGGCGGGGGUCUGCAGGAUUGUAGGCAGUGGCAGCGCCAUCGCCCGCAAUGAGGUGCUGAGGCAGGAAGUGGAGAAGGUAUUUCCUCAGCCGGUGGUAUACGGACAAAACGCCGACUCUGCUAUCGGAGUGGCCAUGGUCCUCUGUGACCUAGUGAGAGUGGUGUACAUGAUUAAGUGAAGAUUAUAAAGUACCUUUAUCGAAUGGUAUCGCUUUGCACGUUUUUACGUUACCUGAAAGCCACCAUUGUUGCUUGUAAAAUGCAACAAUGCUUGUAAUCAUCAUGCUGUAAUCAUCAUGCUUGUAAAACUGUGGUAACACCAGCCGGCGCCUGCAUUUCAAGGAUGACCUGGAAGAUCCUGAAAGAUACCACAGCAUUACCGCAGUUUUGCACCCAGCGGCUCGCUAUCUCAGUUUUUUAAAGGGAGGGGUAUUCAAUUGGUUGCAAUCUGUAACCGCAAUGCUAGAUGCCUCCAAAUCCUACACACUGUCCCUUUUUUAAUAAAACCAUAGCUACUGUACUGCUUGUUAUUGUUUAUCAGCAAGGCCAGUGAGAUGAGGUGUAGCAAUGAUUGAUGUGCAAUUCUGUAGGAUUGUUGCCAGUAAGCUAAUUGGUUAACGUCAGAGGAUCAGAAACAUUUACACUAAGAACCAGAGUACUCGUUCACUCACCACACUUUUAUAUGAUAUCUAUAUUUAUGAAUACUGCUCUCUUAAUUUUAAGUCUUAAUCUUACAUUUUGAACUUCUGCCACUCUCUUGGUAGGUACGUUUCCUUGGAUUUUGUCUGUUUUUAAAAGUUAAUUUUGCUUACAGUUCUUGUCAACUUUGUUUUCAACAUAUAAACUGAUGUUAAAUUUG